UCUCACCUUCAUGACAACUCAGGGGCUCAUGAAAGGACACGACAAUGGACACGUCAAUGAUAUAAGAUCAAAUUCAUCUGAUAUCAGGAUUGUUCUGCUGGGUAAAACCGGAUCAGGAAAGAGUUCAACAGGAAACACUAUACUGGGCAGAGGGUGUUUUACGGUGAUUCAUUCACUAGAGUCAUGUACUAAAACCUGUGAGAAAAGAGAAGUACUGAUUGGUGACCGGAGGAUCUCAGUCAUCGACACUCCAGGCCUGUUUGAUACCACAAUGUCCGAACAGUAAGUGGAGCAUGAAAUAGAGAAGUGUGUGGAGAAGUCUCUUCCUGGUCCUCAUGUGUUUCUGCUGGUCAUCAGACUGGACGUGAGAUUCACAGAAGAAGAGAAAAACACAGUGAAAUGGAUUCAGAAGAACUUUGGAGAAGGAGCUGCACGUUACACCAUCAUUCUGUUCACUCACGCUGAUCAUCUGAGGGGGAAACCAUUAGAUGAGAAUAUCAGCUCUGAUGCUGUCAAAGCUCUAGUUAAUGAGUGUGAUGGCAGAUAAUCAUUCAACAAUAAUGACACGCAGAACCGCUCACAGGUCACUGAACUGCUGGAGAAGAUUGAGAAAAUGAAGGAGAAUGGAAUAGGGUACUACACUAAUAAGAUGUACGAAGAAGCUCAGUGGAGAUUAAACAGAGAACAGUGGAUUGUGCUGCUGGGUAAAACUGGAUCAGGAAAGACCAGUGCUGUAGAAACCAUUGUGGGCCGACAGAGUUUUACUAAAACCUGUGAAAUACAUAAAGCUUGUGUUGAUGGAAAGAACAUGAAAAUAAUCGACACUCCAGGACUGAUUGAUGCACCAGAAGAGAAAAUGAAAGAUGAAUUAGAGAAGUGUGUCCACAUGUCUUCUCCUGGUCCUCAUGUGUUUCUGCUGGUCAUCAGACUGGAUAAGAGAUUCAAAGAUGAGGAGAAAAACACAGUGAAAUGGAUUCAGAAGAACUUUGGUGAAGAAGCUGUACAUCACACCAUCAUUCUGUUCACUCACGCUGAUCAUCUGAAGAGAAAACCAUUAGAUGAGUAUAUCAGAGGCAAUCCAGAUCUACAGGUAGUUACUGAAGAGUUUGGUGGCAGAUUUCACUCGUUCAACAAUAAGAACAUGGAGAAUCACUCUCAGGUCACUGAACUGCUGGAGAAGAUUAAUGAAAUGGUCGAGAAGAAUGGAUUACUGCACUACACCAUUGAAAUGUACCAGAAAGCUCAGAGAAAUAAGCAGUUCUGGUCCGAGAAACCAAGAAUUGUGCUUCUGGGAAGGACUAGAUCAGGAAAGAGUGCUGCAGGAAAUGCCAUCAUGGGUCAAGAGAAUUUUAAGAGGAGAAAUUCAGCUGAUUUUUCUACUAAAACCUGCAAACUACAUACGACACAUGUGGCUAGAAAAAGCAUAACAAUAAUCGACACUCCAGGACUGAUUGAUGCACCAGCAGAUACAAUGAAAGAUGAAAUAGUGAAAUGUGUGGAGAUGUCUGCUCCUGGUCCUCAUGUGUUUCUGCUGGUCAUUAGAGCGGGGAGAUUCACAGAAGAAGAGAAAAACACAGUGAAAUGGAUUCAGAAGAACUUUGGAGAAGAAGCUGCACGUUACACCAUCAUUCUGUUCACUCACGCUGAUCAUCUGAGGGGGAAACCAUUACAGGAGUAUCUUAGUGAAAACGAUGAUCUCCAGGGUCUUGUUUUUCAAUGUAAUGGCAUAUAUCACUCAUUCAAUAAUGAAGACAUUGAGAAUCGCUCCCAGGUCACUGAACUGCUGGAGAAGAUUGAGAUGAUGGUGAGAGAAAACAAAGGACAGCAAUACAGCAGUAAGAUGUACCAGGAAGCUCAGAGAAAGAAACCUUUCUCAUCAACAUCUGAACUCAGGAUUGUUCUGCUGGGCAAAGCUGGAUCAGGAAAGAGUUCAACAGGAAACACCAUCUUGAAUUUACAGCAUUUUAAGAAGUCUGUUUCACAAGAUUUAGUUACUAAAACCUGUGAACAUCAAGAAGUAGGAACAGAUGAAAAGAUGAUCUCAGUCAUCGACACUCCAGGCCUGUCUGAUACCACAAUGUCCGAACAGGAAGUGAAGCAUGAAAUAAAGAAGUGUGUGGAGAAGUCUCUUCCUGGUCCUCAUGUGUUUCUGCUGGUCAUCAGACUAGACAUGAAAUUCACAGAAGAAGAUAAAAACACAGUGAAAUGGAUUCAGAAGAACUUUAGAGAAGGAGCUGCACGUUACACCAUCAUUCUGUUCACUCACGCUGAUCAUCUGAGGGGGAAACCAUUACAGGAGUAUAUCAGAGAAAGUAAUGAUCUCCAGGCUCUAGUUAAUGAGUGUGAUGGCAGAUUUCACUCAUUCAACAAUAAUGACACGCAGAACCGCUCACAGGUCACUGAACUGCUGGAGAAGAUUGAGAGGAUGUUAGAGAUAAAUGGAGGACAGAUUGAUAAGCGUAUGUCCUUGUCUUUAAAACAAAUGAUCACAGUUUCAUAUUGGUCUAGAAAUCCUCGGAUUGUGCUGCUGGGUAAAACUGGAUCAGGAAAAACCAGUGCUGUAGAAACCAUUGUUGGCCGAGAGAGUUUUACUAAAACCUGUGAAAUACAUAAAGCUUGUGUUGAUGGAAAGAACAUGAAAAUGAUCGACACUCCAGGACUAAUUGAUGCACCAGAAGAGAAGAUGAAAGAUGAAUUAGAGAAGUGUGUCCACAUGUCUGCUCCUGGUCCUCAUGUGUUUCUGCUGGUCAUCAGACUGGAUAAGAGAUUCAAAGAUGAGGAGAAGGAAAUUGUGAAAUGGGUCCAGAACAACAUUGGUAUAGAUGCUCUACGUUACAGCAUCAUUCUGUUCACUCAUGCUGAUCAUCUGAGGGGGAAACCAUUAGAUGAUUGUAUCAGAGAAAGGGUGUAUAAGACAAAGUCACUGGUUAACAGUAAUGGCAGAUAUCAAGCAUUCAACAUCGAGGCACUCAGAGACCCUAACCAUAAUCAGGUCAAAGAGCUGCUGGAGAAGAUUGAAAACAUAGCAGAGGAAAAUGAAUGGGGGUACUACACAAAUGAAUGGUCUCCAAAAAUGAUCAAACGUAAGCGUUGGCUUUAUUAUAUUGCAGCAGGCACAGUUGGAUCAACAGGAGUAGCAGCUGUAGCAGCAGGAAUCACUCUCAUUGUAGUAACAGAUUUAGUCUUUCCACCAGCACUAAUAAUUACACUAGGAGGUCUUGUUUUAGCUGGAGGAAUAGCGGUUUAUAAAAAAGAAAAAAUAGAACAGUUUUGCAAAUCUUUGCGUGAAAAGUUUGAAUUAAUUUUACAGUUGAUUUGAACA